GUGCUUCUCGGCUCGUGGAGGCGGAGGGAAGAGCGGAGUGUUGGGGACAAAAUUCAACUGUCAGCGAGACGCCGCGGUUUUUAACUGGACUUUUGUUUGGUCACUUACUAUGGAGUUACCCGGUGAAAGCCUCCCGGACGCCGCCUGCCCCUGAGUGAGCCUGGGCUUCUUUUUCUUCUUACGCGCCCCGGUCUCCGUCCGUCCGCAGGAGGAACACCUGAAAGCGGAGAAAAAUGUCGGACAAGAUGUCUAGUUUCCUCCACAUCGGGGACAUAUGUUCCCUGUAUGCGGAGGGCUCCACCAAUGGCUUCAUCAGCACCCUGGGCCUGGUGGAUGAUCGUUGUGUUGUGCAGCCAGACACUGGUGACCUCAACAACCCUCCUAAGAAGUUUCGAGACUGUCUGUUCAAGCUGUGUCCUAUGAAUAGAUACUCAGCACAGAAGCAGUUCUGGAAAGCAGCAAAACCUGGAGGCAACAGCACCACGGACACAGUCCUGCUCAACAAACUACAUCAUGCAGCUGAUCUGGAGAAAAAACAGAACGAAUCUGAGAACAGGAAGCUGCUGGGAACGGUCAUUCAAUAUGGCAACGUCAUUCAGUUGUUGCAUUUGAAGAGCAAUAAGUACCUGACAGUGAAUAAGCGUCUACCUGCCCUGCUGGAGAAGAACGCCAUGCGAGUGACUCUGGACUCGGCUGGAAACGAGGGAUCCUGGUUCUACAUUCAACCCUUCUACAAACUCCGGUCUAUAGGAGACAGUGUGGUGAUCGGAGACAAAGUGGUGUUGAACCCUGUAAAUGCUGGGCAGCCUCUCCACGCCAGCACUCAUCAACUGGUGGACAAUCCAGGAUGCAACGAGGUGAAUUCAGUAAACUGCAACACUAGCUGGAAAAUAGUCUUGUUCAUGAAAUGGAGUGACAACAAGGAGGUCAUUCUGAAAGGGGGUGAUGUGGUACGACUGUUUCAUGCUGAACAGGAGAAGUUUCUGACGUGUGAUGACCACAGGAAGAAGCAGUAUGUGUUUCUCCGGACCACAGGGCGCCAGUCUGCCACCUCCGCCACCAGCAGCAAAGCAUUGUGGGAAGUGGAGGUAGUUCAGCACGACCCAUGCCGUGGUGGCGCCGGCUACUGGAACAGCCUCUUUAGGUUUAAGCACUUGGCCACAGGGCACUACCUGGCUGCAGAGGUGAGUGAGGUGUGUUCUGCUUCUGGACGCUCUGUCGGCUGGUCCCAGGUCAGCUCUAACUGCUCACGCUGGGUGAAUCCAGACUAUGAGGAAGAGUCUCACGAAUCACGUUCCUCUGUGGGCGAUUUUGUUCCCUUUAAUUUUCAGCUGGACUCGGAACAUGAGGCUCUGCGCGCACGUCUGCGUACGCCCAACGAGAAGGUCAUGUACACCCUCGUCUCCGUUCCCGACGGCAACGACAUCUCCUCCAUCUUUGAGCUGGACCCGACCACUCUCCGAGGGGGCGAUUCUCUCGUACCCAGGAACUCGUACGUGCGGUUGCGGCACUUGUGCACAAACACAUGGGUCCACAGCACCAACAACCCCAUCGAUAAGGAGGAAGAGAAACCGGUCAUGCUUCGGAUUGGCACAUCUGCCAUCAAAGAGGACAAGGAGGCCUUUGCCAUUGUGCCCGUUCCUCCUGCAGAAGUCAGGGAUUUAGACUUUGCUAAUGAUGCCAGUAAAGUGCUGGCGUCCAUUGCUGGCAAACUGGAGAAGGGGACCAUCACGCAGAAUGAACGAAGGUUUGUGACUAAGCUGCUGGAGGACUUGGUGUUUUUCGUGGUGGACAUCCCAAACAGCGGACAGGACGUGCUUGAGAUUAUGGUCAACAAGCCAAACCGGGAGCGGCAAAAGCUUAUGCGGGAGCAGAACAUCCUCAAACAGAUCUUCAAGCUACUGCAAGCUCCAUUCACAGACAGUGGAGAUGGACCAAUGCUCCGAUUAGAAGAGCUUGGCGAUCAGAGACACGCUCCCUUCAGACACAUCUGUCGUCUGUGUUACCGGGUGCUCCGCCACUCUCAGCAGGACUACAGGAAGAACCAGGAGUACAUUGCCAAGCAGUUCCGCUUCAUGCAGAAGCAGAUUGGCUACGACGUUCUGGCUGAAGACACGAUAACGGCCCUCCUGCACAACAACCGCAAGCUGCUGGAAAAGCACAUCACCGCUGCUGAGAUCGACACCUUUGUCAGCCUCGUGAGGAAGAACCGUGAGCCCAGGUUUCUGGAUUACCUCUCAGAUCUGUGCGUGUCCAUGAAUAAGUCCAUCCCUGUGACGCAGGAGCUGAUUUGCAAUGCUGUGCUGGACCCAGCCAACGCAGACAUCCUCAUAGAGACCAAGCUGGUGUUGUCUCGGUUUGAGAUCGAGGCAGUAAAUGUUGGAGAGCCUCCAGUGGAGGCAGAGGAGGAUGAGGAGGAGGUGUGGUUGUUUUGGAAGGACAGCACCAAGGAGAUUCGCAGCAAGAGCAUCCGAGAGCUGGCUCAGGAUGCUAAGGAGGGCCAGAAGGAGGACCAGGAGGUUGUUAGUUACUACAGGUACCAACUGAACCUGUUUGCGCGGAUGUGUCUGGACCGCCAGUAUCUGGCCAUCAACAAAAUCUCAGGCCAACUGGACGUCGAUCUGAUUCUGCGCUGCAUGUCGGAUGAGGACCUGCCCUAUGACCUCCGCGCUUCCUUCUGCCGCCUCAUGCUCCACAUGCACGUGGACCGAGACCCCCAGGAACAGGUCACGCCCGUAAAAUACGCUCGCCUGUGGUCCGAGAUUCCUUCCAAGAUUGCCAUCGAUGACUAUGAUAACGAUGGCACUACCAGAGAUGAAAUUAAGGAGCGGUUCGCUCUCACCAUGGACUUUGUAGAGAACUACUUGAGAGACGUGGUCUGUCAGAAUGUUCCCUUCUCUGACAAAGAGAAAAACAAGCUCACAUUUGAGGCAAUGAACUUGGCUCGGAACCUCAUUUAUUUCGGCUUCUACAGCUUUAGUGACCUGCUGAGGCUGACUAAGAUCCUGCUCGCUAUUCUGGACUGUGUGCACGUCAGCACCAUAUAUCCCAUCAACAAAAUGGAGAAAGACGAUGAGAACAAAGCAGGUAGUAAUGUUAUGAGAUCCAUCCAUGGUGUUGGGGAGCUGAUGACACAAGUGGUUUUGAGAGGAGGCGGCUUUCUUCCCACCACCCCUACAGCGCCCCCUGACGGUGAGGUGGGAAAAACUCAGACUGAGCCAGAGAAAGAGGACAUCCUGGUGAUGGACACCAAGCUGAAGAUCAUCGAGAUCCUACAGUUUAUCCUGAACGUGCGUCUGGACUACAGGAUCUCCUGCCUGCUCUGCAUCUUUAAACGGGAGUUUGAUGAGACCAAUACUCAGACUGACAGUCUGAUUAAUUCAAAUGCUAAUGCUAACAGUAAUGCUGGUGCUACACCUACUGCUAAUGGUGAUGGACCUAAUAACAUACCAGCGCUUGAUUUUGAGAACAUCGAAGAGCAGGCUGAGGGGAUCUUUGGAGCAAGCGAGGAAAACACACCCCUGGACCUGGAUGACCAUGGCGGCAGAACAUUUCUCAGGGUUCUUCUGCAUCUUACUAUGCAUGACUAUCCUCCACUGGUGUCUGGAGCUUUACAUCUGCUCUUCAGACACUUCAGCCAGAGACAGGAGGUGCUCAUGGCCUUCAAGCAGGUCCAGCUUUUGGUAACAAGUCAGGAUGUGGAUAACUACAAGCAGAUUAAGUCUGACCUGGAUCAGCUGCGCUCCAUCGUGGAGAAGUCUGAACUGUGGGUGUACAAGCGCCAGGGCGAUGAUGCUCUCGAUGGGGGUGAUGGUCCUGCUGAGUCCGACCACAAAAAGAAGGGUGAUGCGGGUGGCGCGGACAAGAAGAAACCAGAGAGCACUAGCAGCUAUAAUUACAGGGUUGUCAAGGAGAUCCUGGUGAGGCUCAGCAGGUUAUGUGUGCAAGAGGGAGCUUCAGGAAAGAAGAGUAAGAAGCAGCAGCAGAGGUUGCUCAGGAAUAUGGGAGCUCACUCGGUGGUGCUGGAGCUGCUACAGAUUCCUUAUGAGAAGGGUGAGGAUGUCCGGAUGCAGGAGAUCAUGAAGCUGGCUCAUGAGUUCCUUCAGAACUUCUGUGCUGGAAACCAGCAGAACCAGGCGCUGCUGCACAAACACAUUAAUCUGUUUCUCAAUCCAGGGAUCCUGGAGGCCAUCACCAUGCAGCACAUCUUCAUGAACAAUUUCCAGCUGUGUAGUGAGAUUAACGAGCGAGUGGUACAGCACUUCGUUCACUGCAUUGAGACACAUGGCCGCCAUGUGCAGUACCUUAAAUUCCUGCAGACCAUCGUCAAGGCCGAGAACAAGUUCAUCAAGAAGUGCCAGGAUAUAGUGAUGGCUGAGCUGGUGAAUGCCGGAGAAGACGUCUUGGUGUUCUACAAUGACCGAGCCUCGUUCCAGACGCUGGUGCAGAUGAUGCGUUCUGAGAGGGACCGGAUGGACGAGAACAGCCCACUCAUGUACCACAUCCACCUAGUGGAACUGCUGGCUGUGUGCACAGAGGGGAAGAAUGUGUACACUGAGAUCAAGUGCAACUCGCUGCUGCCCCUGGACGACAUCGUACGCGUGGUCACCCACGAGGACUGCAUCCCUGAGGUGAAGAUUGCCUAUAUCGACUUUCUGAACCACUGCUACGUGGACACAGAAGUGGAGAUGAAGGAGAUCUAUACAAGCAAUCAUAUGUGGAAACUCUUCGAGAACUUCCUGGUUGACAUAUGCAGGGUCUGCAACAACACGAGCGACCGCAAGCAUGCAGACGCCACGCUGGAGCGCUACGUCACCGAGACUGUCAUGAGCAUCGUUACCACCUUCUUCAGCUCACCCUUUUCCGAUCAGAGCACUAGUUUACAGACCCGUCAGCCGGUCUUUGUGCAGCUGUUGCAGGGUGUUUUCCGGGUGUACCACUGUAACUGGCUCGUGCCGACCCAGAAAGCAUCAGUGGAGAGCUGCAUCAAAGUCCUGUCUGACGUGGCCAAAAGUCGUGCGAUCGCCAUCCCAGUGGAUCUGGACAGCCAGGUGAACAACCUGUUUGUGAAGUCCAACAAUGUGGUGCAGAAGACCAUCCUGAACUGGAGGAUGUCUGCUCGAAACGCCUCCAGACGAGAUUCCACACUCACCACCUCCAAAGACUACAGGAACAUCAUCGAGAGGCUACAGGAUAUAGUCUCUGCGCUGGAGGACCGGUUACGGCCGUUAGUACAGGCGGAGCUCUCGGUUCUUGUGGAUGUUCUUCACAGACCUGAGCUGCUCUUCCCGGAGAACACAGACGCUCGCACCAAGUGCGAGAGCGGAGGCUUCAUCUCCAAGUUGAUAAAGCACACUAAGCAGUUGCUGGAGGAGAAUGAGGAGCGUCUGUGCAUUAAAGUCCUGCAGACUCUCAGAGAGAUGAUGACAAAAGACAGAGGUUAUGGAGAAAAGCUGAUUGCCUUUGACGAUGAGCUGGAUGUGGCUGAGCUGGUCCCUCCUCCUCCAGAGCCAGAGGGCCUUGCUGAGGAUCUUGAUCCCAACCAGCCCCAGAAGCAACUGGAGGAUCAGAAGCGGGGUGAAGCUUUGAGGCAGAUCCUAGUCAACCGUUACUAUGGCAACUUCAAGCCAGGAGGGCGGAGAGACAGUCUGACCAGCUUUAGCAAUGGACCCCUCGGUGCAGGGGGACAGAGCAAAGCUCCUGCAGCAGCAGCUGGGGGUUCCGGGGGCUCCCGUGGGGAGAUGAGUCUGGCCGAGGUGCAGUGCCACUUGGAUAGGGAGGGUGCGUCCGACCUGGUCAUUGACCUCAUCAUGAAUGCCACCAGCGAUCGCAUCUUCCAGGAGAGCAUCUUAUUGGCCAUUGCUUUGCUGGAGGGAGGGAACACAGUCAUACAGAGGUCAUUUUUUAUCCGGUUGACGCGAGACAACAAGUCGGAGAAGUUCUUCAAGGUGUUCUAUGAGCGGAUGAAACUGGCCCAACAGGAGAUCAAAGCCACCGUGACGGUCAACACCAGUGACCUGGGGAGCAAGCGCAAGGAUGAGGACACCAAUGACAAAGAAGCACCCACCAAAAAGAAAGUGAAGGAUGUUGCCGUGGUCACAGACGAGGUGCGCGAGCAGCUUCUGGAAGCCUCUACAGUCACAAAGAAGGCCUUUGCAGCGUACCGUCGGGAGGUGGACUCGGACGAGCACCUGAGCGGAGGCGAGGUCCAGACCAGCACGGCUGAGAAGAUACAGGAUGAGAACGAGAUGAGCGUCACCAUCACCAUCAUGCAGCCCAUCCUGCGACUCAUGCAGCUGCUCUGCGAAAAUCACAACCGAGAGCUGCAGAACUUCCUGCGCUGUCAGAACAACAAGAACAAUUAUAACCUGGUGUGUGAGACGCUGCAGUUCCUGGACUGCAUCUGCGGCAGCACAACAGGAGGCCUGGGACUGCUGGGACUGUAUAUUAACGAAAAGAAUGUGGCACUAAUCAACCAGACCGUCGAGAGCCUUACAGAGUACUGCCAGGGCCCCUGCCAUGAGAACCAGAACUGCAUUGCAACUCAUGAAUGUAACGGCAUUGACAUCAUCAUCGCUCUGAUUCUGAAUGAUAUCAACCCUCUGGGCAAGAAGAGGAUGGACCUUGUGCUGGAACUGAAGAAUAAUGCCUCCAAGCUGCUCCUGGCCAUCAUGGAGAGUCGGCAUGACAGCGAAAAUGCAGAGCGGAUCCUCUACAACAUGAGGCCUAAAGAACUGGUGGAGGUGAUCAAGAAAGCUUACAUGCAGGGAGAGAUUGAGGUGGAGCAUACUGAUGAAGAGGGUGAGGGUGAGGAGGAGCACGCUGCUUCCCCACGCAACGUCGGACACAACAUUUACAUUCUGGCGCAUCAGCUGGCCAGACAUAACAAGGAGCUGCAGGCCAUGCUGAAGGCGGCCGGCUCGUACGGCGAGGGGGAUGAAGCCCUGGAGUUCUACGCUAAACACACAGCUCAAAUCGAGAUUGUGCGUCUAGACCGCACCAUGGAGCAGAUCGUCUUCCCCGUGCCCAACAUCUGCGAGUUCCUCACGCAGGAGUCCAAGCUGCGCGUGUAUUACACCACAGAGCGGGACGAGCAAGGCAGCAAGAUCAACGACUUCUUCCUGCGCUCUGAGGAUCUCUUCAAUGAGAUGAAUUGGCAGAAGAAACUGCGAGGUACUCAAGAGGCCACUGGUAACGCGAACUCCGUGCCCUCUCAGCCCAUUCUGUACUGGUGCUCAAGAAACAUGUCCUUCUGGAGCAGCAUCUCCUUCAACCUGGCUGUGCUCAUGAACCUGCUGGUGGCCUUCUUCUACCCACUGGGGGGGAUCCGUGGAGGCACACUGGAUCCUCACUUAUCAGCGCUGUUAUGGGUGGCCAUGCUGGUCUCUCUGGCUAUUGUGAUCGUGUUGCCUCAGCCUCAUGGAAUUCGAGCUCUCAUCGCUUCCACUAUCCUCCGACUCAUCUUCUCCGUCGGCCUCGAGCCCACGCUCUUCCUGCUUGGAGCUUUUAAUGUGUGCAAUAAGGUGAUCUUCCUGAUGAGUUUUGUGGGGAACAGGGGAACAUUUACACGAGGUUAUAAGGCGAUGAUCAUGGACGUGGAGUUUCUGUAUCAUCUGCUCUACCUCAUCAUCUGCAGCCUGGGAGUCUUCGUACACGUGUUCUUCUACAGCCUGCUGCUCUUUGAUUUGAUCUAUCGGGAAGAGACUCUGCUGAACGUGAUAAAGAGCGUGACGAGAAACGGGAGAUCCAUCGUGCUGACUGCCGUGCUCGCGCUCAUCCUCGUCUACCUCUUCUCUAUAGUCGGCUACAUCUUCUUCAAAGAUGACUUCAUCCUGGCUGUAGACCGAAUCCCCAACAAAACGCUGGAUCAUUCGGCGAGUAUGAUGAGCGAGUUCCUGACAGGUGGAGUUUGUCGGAAAGAAGGCGGAGGAGAGAACUGUUCAUCUGAGGUCACGACAGAGACCGUGGCGAUGGUGGUGGAAGAUAAGGAGCGAACUUGUGACUCUCUUCUCAUGUGCAUUGUAACCGUACUUAGCCAUGGCCUCCGAAGUGGAGGCGGAGUCGGAGACGUGCUCCGAAAACCAUCUAAAGAGGAGCCUCUCUUCGCUGCCAGAGUCAUCUACGACCUGCUCUUCUUCUUCAUGGUCAUCAUCAUCGUCCUCAACCUGAUCUUUGGUGUCAUCAUCGACACAUUUGCUGACCUGAGGAGUGAAAAACAGAAGAAAGAAGAGGUACUGAAGACCACCUGCUUUAUCUGUGGCUUGGAAAGGGACAAGUUUGACAACAAGACGGUGACAUUUGAGGAGCACAUCAAGGUGGAGCACAACAUGUGGCAUUACCUGUUCUUCAUUGUGCUUAUCAAAGUGAAGGACUCCACAGAGUACACGGGACCAGAAAGCUACGUUGCAGAGAUGAUCAGGGAGCAUAAUCUGGACUGGUUUCCACGGAUGCGGGCGAUGUCUCUGGUGAGCAGUGAUGCAGAGGGAGAGCAGAACGAGAUCAGGAGUCUGCAGGAGAAACUGGAGUCCACCAUGAAACUGGUCUCCAACCUGUCCGGCCAACUGACCGAACUGAAGGAACAGAUGACGGAGCAGCGUAAGCAGAAGCAGAGGAUCGGGCUCCUGGGACAUCCCCAGCACAUGAACGUGAAUCCCCAGCAACCGGCCUGAGUGUGUGUCUGGAUCUGCGUGAGACUGUCUGGAUCUGCGUGAGCUUCAGUAUCGGCCUCCAACUGCACGGAUCACCUGCUCACGGGCCUGCCGAGCACUCAUCUCUACCCACAGACUCACCCAUAACAACCUCUGUGUGUGUGUGUGUGUGUGUGUAGUGGCUGAGUGUGUGUGUGUGUGGGAAGUGCAUACCAGUAGAGUGUGUGCCAUACCAGUAGAGAACCCAGUCACCUGCCAGAAAUAAUAAAAAUAACUAAAUAAAAUAAUUAAAUAAUGAAUUUUCGGGCACUGGGAGGGGAUUCCAAACACUCCACCUCUUUUCCCUCCUCUUCCUCGGUCCAGUCGGGUGCCAAAAACGUUUUCUACACGUGGGAACGGCGGCAAAUUUGGAUUAUAUUGCCUUUUUUUGGAAAGGGGGAGGGGCUUGAACAGAGGCGCUGUACUGGACGAUAGGACUCUAGUUAGAUGCUGCUUGGAAACGUGCUGCAAAAGCAUCUUUUUUUGUAUUUCCAGACCAGUAUAGCGAGCAGUAUUUUACGUCUUAUUUUUGUAUCUUGUGCAAUAUUAAUACUUUAAUAUGCAACCUCAUCGAGCUGUACAAUGUGUCUUAAAGGGGUGAUGAUCAUGUCCCGUGUUCGUUUCCCCUCUCCUUCUUUCGUUGUUCCUUUGUUUCCGUUGUUUCUGUCUUUAGCUUUAUAAUUCCUUAUGAUUUAUUUAUUUAUUAGAGCGCUGUAGAAGCACAUAGAAGUCUAUAUUAGGAAGUCAGAUUAGGAAAAUUCUAAUAGCCGUGGAGUUGCAUAUACAGGCCUUUUUCUUUCUUCUUUCUUUUUCUUAUCUAAUUUAUUUAUUUAUUUAAAAAAUAAAGUUUAAAUGAGAUAAUAUGAGAGGGCACAAUCACGUCUAAAUAUAAGUUUUAUGUUUCUUUUGUUUGUUUGUUUGUUUAAAGUCUAUGUUCUUGAUCUUCUUUGCACUUUUUUGUUUUAUUCAUGUUUAUAUUAUUAUUUAUUUUGGCUCGUUUUGUUUUUCAUUUUGUUGCUGAAGAAUCUACAGCUUUAAGAUCAUCUGUGUUACGGGGUGAUAAUAGUGGUAUAAGAUUAAUAAGAGUUAAAAAUGAGCAUUUAGACUGAUAAGCUUUGAUUUCCUGAGGUUAUUAAAUAGAGAGUUAGUUUCUUCAUAUUAAGGCGAGUCGGCGUCUCGUGGAGGCUUCAGCGUGUAAUAUCUCUACAGGAGAGAGUGAGUGUUCAGAACGAUACUCGCACUGCCGUAUCUCCACCACUGCUGUACGCUGACGCUUAUCGGAAACCAAACCCAGGUCGACUCAAAUCUCUCUCUCUCUCUCUCUCUCUCUCUCUCUCUCUCUUUCUUUCUCUCUCUUUUGUGAUCUCUCUUUUUUCUCUCUCUCUCGUUUUCCUUUAAAAGAUGUAUAUAUGUCUGCCAAGUCCUUGCUUUUGUAUAGAGAUAUAAAUUUUCAUAUAGGCAUCUUAGAAAUAAAUAGCAGUGCUACUAAAAUACUUAAUUCUGCUUUAAAGAAUAUCUGAUCUGUUGACAUUGUAAAUUAAUUCAGCAAUAUUUAAUAAAAAUCUGUAAUUCACCUUGAAAAA